UGUAUGUAAAACUGUUAGUACUGGAUUGAGAUCGCGAUUUGCUGGAAAAGACUUCAAAACGUCUAACCGAUUGAGUAACAUUCACACGAUCGACUAACAAGUGAAGUGUUGAUUUUGCAAGAGUUGUACGAGAGGAAACCAACCCCAGGUACUGUUAAUAGAUUGUGUCAGUGGCUAUCAACAAUUCUGUGUGUGUGUUUAACAAAGAAAUGAUAGCGAUACCUCCAUUAGACCCUGAUCUUGAAAAGUUUUUGACUAAGAUCGUUGAAAGCAAACAGUAUGUGCCACGGUCGAGCCUGGAAUGGGGACAAGAUAUACUACCACGAAUAAUAGCGAGGAUUGAGUCGAUGAGUUCUGCUAGCCAAAAUGGAGAGAAAUAUGCACCAAGACCAGAAGGAAUCAAUUUACCAGAAUCCAUAAUGAAAUCAAAAGAUAAAAUUGUCAGAAACUUACAAGGGGACUUUGGUGAGAGCCCUCCAUUCACCAUUCAGAGGAUCUCGGAAUUACUUAUCGAUCCCAAAGGACAAGGCUAUAUAUUGGAUAAUAACGUUCAGUUAUUCAAGUAUUUCAAUUCUCUUACCAAAUUAUUUGUUGUUUCGUCAAGUAUAAUAGACUUUCCCCCACCUACUUUCGAAACGAAUAAGAAAAAAGAUCCGAGCCUGGUUUUAAAUGGCACUGAGAAGCUUCCUGAAUCCAUUUCUUUAAUCAAGAUUCCUUGGCUUGGUGAGUUCAAGUCCAACGGCAAAGAACAUGAAAAUAAAGGAAAUGGCACUAACGAAAACGAUGAUAAAGAAAACGAUGAUAAAGAAAACAAUGAUAAAGAAAACGAUGAUAAAGAAAAUGAACAAAAUGAAACGUCAUUACUAGAGCCAAUACUGGUGGAGUCUGAAAGUAAGGAAACAUCAAGGAGAAAAAGAGACGACUCUUUUGAAGAUGACGAUACUUCGACUAGUCCUUCAAAUGGUUAUAAGAAAUCAAAACCAAAUGAUUCAAGCCCCAUAUCGUCGGAUAAUUCCAGUGAUAAAUCAGAUACUACGUUAGAACUAGUCGAAAAGUCACCCGAAUCAAAGGCCAAGAAUGAAUCUCUGCAAGGCUAAUCUAAACCCCAACUUCAUUUGUAUAUUAGAACACCUCUUAAUGAUCAUCAUGAACUAAAAAUCUUGUAAAACU